UGUGUGGUGUUUAAAUCGAGUAAUGUACACACACACACUGUCUGAAACCGCUUGUAAGUACCUCGAUCAAGUGUAAUUCAGCAAGUCUGAUUUGGACCAGGGACUUUAAACUGCAAGGGGACAGCCCUAACCACUACACUACCUGCUGGAACAUACGGAAUGUAGUACAGUGUGUGGUUAAAUAAAGUGGUCCAUCUCGUUUUCCGCGCAGCGCCGUUCCAUUACUUUAAUUAAUUACUCUAAUUACUCCUGACUCUCCUGAUCUCUCCUGAUGUGACAUCUGUCAGGAGGAGGGAGACGAACUAUUGGGAAGACACUUAUUGUUCAUCAUCAAGGCAAAGCCUUCGCCUCCCCCCUUUUUUUACCCGUGUACACGAUAACGUAACUCGGCUCGGUUUAUAAAAGUUCAAACUUCAUCUGAGUGUUCGCAAGCUUCAGCGUUAGAUAAGGUCACGAGCCCGAGGCACAAAGCACUGGCUCGGACACGUUUAUCAGCUGAUACAGGAUCUGAUACCAGUGGGUGCACAGCGCCGAAAGUAAGCGCACAUUUCAGCGCGUCGCGACCUUUUCCGCAAAGUGUCAUCCGAAACCACCCACCGAGAAGAGAACGGCGCCUGUUGUGUUUUUGGUUUGGAGGAGCCCUCAGCUAGUCAGUUUAGGAAAGAACGACGUCACAUUUUUUUCUUCCGCAGCCUUUCCACUCAGGCUUGUAGCGGAGCAGCCGUCUUACUAAUUGAAUUACUGAAUCGUGAAAUUUCACACGAAAUGCGAACACCGUGACACAUUCGCAGCGCGCAGUCACUUUGGUGUGUAACCCUAAGGUCGGGUGACGUGAGAGAUCAGCCACGAGCGCGUGGGACAAGCGCGAGCACGCCACUCUCGUGCGAGCUGAGCGGAGAGGGGCAGCGCGUGAGAGCCGGCGAGCGACUGUUGUUGCUUCCAGCGCGAGGCGAGGAGCCGGUCGACUUUUUCAGUGAAGCGAAUUUUCCUUCUACCUGAGAGCACAAGUAAGUGAUGCUGAACUUCAAGAGAUCUGCCUGGAAUUGAAAAGGGAAACACACAUCACACAAAGCAUGGUGGAUGCGAGCACAACCUGCAGGAUGAACCCGAUGGCAACUUUGGGCAUGGACCGGAGCAACAUGAUGAGGGAGAGCCUGCAUGUUCAUGGCGGUAUUGUGUACCCUGGACUCAAAACCCAAGAGGCUUCAGCCAUGCCCUUAGGCUAUGUUCCUGACCUGCACUACAAGCAUGACGUCUCACUUGAGAACAGAAAGGCCACUAAUGGCUACAUUGGGCUCUACAAGAGCCCUCCUCCAGGUCUUCAAAAGCCUCUUAUGGUGCCAGGAGGGGAUAGCUUGGGCCUUGACAUUCGUGUAGGGCCAGCUGAAAAACAGACAGACUUAGGUCUAAAUGGUGGGAGCAGUUACCUGCGUCUACCCUGGAUGAGCCCUUACCCAGAUACAGGAAUGUAUUCUUUUUUGGAUUCGUCAAAGUAUGCUGCCCUUAACAUGUACAAGGCCUCCUUCAUGUCUCAACCAUCUCCCUACCUUCCCCAACAUUUGGCCUAUCAGUCUCUGUGUGCUGGAGCUGGGGCCAGUGCUGCAAGUGCUGAUCGCUUGUUCUACAUGCCCCCAUACCCUCCAGCUCCUUUAUCCUCUCCACUGGCACCUCCUAUGCGGAUCCCAGCAGCAACCGUUGCAACAACUCCACUUUCUCCACUGGUGCACUGUCAAGACAAAAGUAUGCAGAGCAUUGGACCCAGGGUUCACCAUGAGCCAUCUUCUUUUGGACAGCAGCUACACCAGCAGCAGCCUCCUCCACAUCACCAUUCGCAUGACGACAGAUUGCAUAGUAGUAAGUCCAGUCGUAUUUCCUCUAGCAAAGGAUCUGGUAGUAGCAGCAGUGCUUGCAGCAGUAGUACCAUUAGUAGCAGUUGUAGCAGCCUCUCAGUGGAUUCCACUGCAACUCUCCUGAUGCAGUCUUCUCGCACAGCUUCUCGGCAGACCCAACCCCUUGUCCCUCCUCCUCCACCUCUACUUAUUGAAAAUUCUUUGGACUUCCAGAAGCCACUGCCUCGAGGCACUUCCUCCUCAUCAUCAUCCUCAACAGCCGUGUCUCACCCUUUCUAUAUGAGCAGUCUAGCCUUAGAGCAUUCUUCUCCCGCUCGGGGUUCUAGUCAUAAGUCCAAAUCGAAGGAUGGAAACACAGAUCACCACAGAGGUAGUGGAGGUGAAAGAAAGUCAAGCAAAACGCCUCCAAAAACAACAUCUGAAAAAUGCAUUCAGCAAGUUCCAACUAAAGAUCCUGCAGAUAAGCCUUUGGACUUGUCUUCUAAAAUGGAUUUUGGAACACCACCUAAUGGAUUUAACCAUAGACUAGAGGCCCUCGUUAAACUAGGUCAUUCUCCAACAACUCGCUAUGGACUGCACCCCAGUCAAGAGCUGAAGGAAGCAGUCUCACCUCCAUCUUCUGCAGUCAGUACUUCCUCCAAACCCCCUGAAAGACCUGAAAUAAUCAGCAACUUACGUUCUACUUGGGUGGUACCUAGUCAUGGCUCUGCUUCAGUCCUUAAUGUGGACUCUGGCCAGAAUAAAGGCCCUUCUGUAAUUAAAAAUAAAAGCUUGGAACAGGUGAUACCUCAGCAGCGUAGUUCCUCCUGUCCUAGGAUUGGAGAGUCUAACAGCAGCCCUCCUACUAAUCCCACUGCCACUGUAGUGACUUCCAUUGGUCGCCCAGCUUCUGCUUCUCCUUCUCCCACCGUAAACGGUGAAUGUCCAAAGUCGAGUCCUAACCUUACUGAAAAAUCUCCAAUGGCUGGCUAUGUAAGCAGUCAGCCUGCAACAGGGAAGUCAGUGAAAGCCCCUAAAAGAUCAGAAUCCCAAGAAGUAACUUAUAAACCACAACAGCCCCUCCUGGAGAAUGGUCAAACUUCAAGCCACUUGUACUUGUCCCAGAAUGAGACUUUUAUGGCUCCAAGCUUACCGUAUGGAAACCGAUACUUACCAUAUCCCGGUCCUGAUAGUAUGCCCCUUCAUCACUUACCGUUGCCAGGAAAAGUCCCGGUUUACCCUCAUCCUGUUUUGUUAAAUAGUAGUAGCCUCUAUCCUGCACGCUUAACCCCAAAGCACAACCUCCCAUAUGGAAUGGCUUCCAGUCAUGGGGAAUUCUUAACCUAUCACAAUUCACAGGAAAUGGUGCACCCUUUGAUGUCUCCCCACAUAACUCUCGAUACCAAAUCCAGUGAACGGUUAGAAAGAAGGCCCAAGUCCCAGGACAAGCACAGGCACAAUGAAGACACUGCAUACAUGACUUGCCACACUACAGAGGGUUUUGAUACAACUCGUAGGCCUGAGAAAGAAUCUGAAAACUUUGCAUGCCAAACUUCUAAGCUGCAGACCAAGCCUCAGGCAACAGUGAAAGAGAAGAUAGUUUGCGUUGACUUGAUUCAGAAUAACACAAAUGGAGGAGGCUCUGAGAGACACAGUGACUUUCUUGCCAAUAAAGGAGAUCCCACCAGGCCUGCAAGCAGUAGAAAUAGUGACAGUAGUGACAGAAAAGAGCAACAGUUCCUGUCUAACCAGGCUUCCUCACAGAGCCUAGCUGAGCCAGACAAACGGGCAGAGAUCAGUGGCAAACUUAAGCUACAGGGGCAGGGCUGCCUGCCACUUUCUGUCUGCCAAGAUCAUGCUUCUCCUGUGAGCAGCCAUGGUGUGGAAAGUCCUGCUGAGAAAAGCCCUCUCCUGGACCUGCCUGAGCACCAGACUCUGCGGUGUGCCAGGACAUCUGGUGACAGGACCUCAGAGGAGAGUCGUAAAUCUGAGAGACAAGGCACCGAGUUGUGCAAUGAGCUGAAUAAACAUGGUCCAGAAGAAACAGAGUCCCAUGAAGAUGAUGAUGAUAGCCAUAGCUCCUCCAAGACCAGGAGGUCUAGCUUGGCCAAAAGAAUUGCCAAUUCUUCUGGUUAUGUGGGAGAUCGUUUCAAGUGCAUCACAACCGAGCUGUAUGCAGAUUCCAGUAAACUCAGCCGGGAGCAGCGUGCUCUACAGAAAAAGAAGUGUCCCACUCUGAUGCAAACACUUGGCACGUGUACCUUCCAUGAGCCACAGAUGGAAGGCUUAUCACAAGAGGACACUAAUAUAAAGCAAUCUGCUGCUUACUGGGAGCGUGCAAUGCUGCGCUUCUCUGAGCUGGAACUGAAAGAGAAGGAGGGAGGUGCCGCGGCAAGCCGUGAGUUGGCUGGAGGCCAGCACAGCCAGGCGGUCUGGGAAGGCAGCCAGCGGAGCACCCGGCCAGAGGGCACAGCCCUGUCCAACGACCCUGGGAAGGAGGGUUUGAGACCUGUGAGUGAGAACAACAAGGUACCUGUUGUGCAGAGAUGUGUCACACAGAAUCAAAGUCAGCCCCUCCGGGAGAGGGAGCAGGGGUGGGCCAACAGAGAGGCGAGGGUCAGAGAGAGGACGAGGGAGGGGGGAGCUGUGGCCUCUGAGGAGCCGGCUGGCCGGCCCCUGACAGCAGAAGAGAAACCCCUGGAGAAUGUGAGCCUCGGCACCAUGCCCGGCAGGAAGCGCCCCCACCAAAGAGAGCAGGCCCAGGCCUACCAAGGAGAAGAGGAGGAGGAGGGAGCUGUCCUCAGAGAGAAGAGAUCCAAGCAAGUCACGGCACUGCAGACCACUCCACUCACCCCAGUGCAUGUGGACCGGGUGGGCUCAUCAUGCCCAGACACUGGUGUCAAGAGGGUAUCUUUGCAGUCCCACAAGAAGUUGUCAGACAAGCGGCAGAGGCUGAAGCUGGAGCAGCAGAGGGCCGGUGGAUGGUGGCCUCCUUCGACGGACAGGGAAGGGGACAAGGGCAUGGACGCAGAGCCAGCACCAAGACUACGCAGACAAGGGGACUCGGACAAGCCUAAGGGAAAGCGUCAGUGCAAGACCAAGCACAUGAGCCUGAGGGAGCGCAGGAGGGCCUUGCAGACAGAAGAGGACUGCCAGGACACAGAUCCUAGCCUAGAACAUAAGGUUACUCUGAAGCGAUCUUCACGGAAGAGGUCAGAAUCGCUAUCGGAUAUCAGCGACUGUUCUCCUGUCAAGGCCCGCCCUCAAUCUCCCUUCGCCAUCGAUACUGAGAGCCCCUUUUCACAGCCCCCCUCCCAGCCUUCCCCGCAAACUAUUGGGAACCCCCCGGUGGAAACCCCUGCCAGCCGGCCCAUGCCACCUGAGGCUCGGAGGCUCAUCGUAAACAAAAAUGCCGGCGAGACGUUACUGCAGAGGGCAGCCCGUCUGGGCUACGAGGAAGUGGUGCUUUACUGCCUGGAGAAUAAGGUGUGUGACAUAAAUCAUCGUGACAAUGCUGGCUACUGCGCCUUGCACGAAGCCUGUGCCCGUGGCUGGCUGUCCAUUGUGCAGCAUCUCGUGGAGCACGGUGCUGACAUCAACUGCAGUGCCCAAGAUGGAACAAGGCCUAUCCAUGACGCUGUAGAGAACGACCACUUGGACGUUGUCCGUCUGCUGCUGUCUUACGGGGCAGACCCCACACUGGCCACCUAUUCAGGCCGUGGCCUCCUCAAAAUGACCCACAGUGACGUAAUGGAAUGCUUCCUGUUAGAUUACUUUGCUGACCUGCAGGGCCGUGACGAUGAUGACCCUAGGUUGUACUGGGAACUGUACGGGAGCUCAGUUUGCGAGCCUCCGGAGGACUUGGCAGCCUUCGACGUCCUGGCCAACCCACCCGGCCCAGGCAAUGACGACGAGCAGCAGCAGAGGGAGGUGUUUGAGUUUGAAUUCUCAGAUCGCCCGCUGCUGCCGUGCUACAACAUCCAGGUGUCCCUCUCCCAGGGGCCCCGCAACUGGCUGCUGCUGUCAGACGUGUUAAAGAGGUUGAAGAUGUCAGCACAGGACUUCCGCACAAACUUUGCACACAUCGAAGUGGUUUCCAUCCCUGAGGCUGAGUUUUACAAGCAAGCCUCCCUCAGUCAGCUCUUCUCCUGCCCUGAGGAACUCGAAGGCUUCUUGCCUGAUAGCAAGGAGCCACUGGACCUGGUGGAGAUCAACAGGGAGCUAGUGGCCCUCCUAGGAUCAUCCUUGGAGUGCCUUGAUGACCGAUGGGACCCUGUUUCCUUGACAAGAUCAUGACCUGGACAUGGCCCUGGUCACUUUGUGUACAUUGUGUAGAUACCAGAGAACACAGUGGACUGGACAACACAGUCAUCUGGCUGACUGUCCAAACAGCAAAGGAGAUUUGUCUAGUUCCGUUCAAAGAGUUAAAUUAACUACUACCUUAUUUUUAUAAAUAUAAAUGUACAAAUAUAUAUUUCUUUUCGAUCUUUUAUUUUAUAUAUGCAGCUUGUUUUUCCUCUGUGGAAAAAUGUUUACCUUUAGCUCAUUUUAAAACUCAGAAAUCAGAGCUGAUGGAGCGGAAAGAGAGGCUCACUGUGAGAUCAAAUGCUCAUGAGACUGCAGAAGAGAAGAAGCUUUUAUAUAUAUUUUAUUCUAAUUUACGCAGUGCAUUAUUGACUUGCCUGCCUUGGUCAGGUGAAUAAAUAUUGUUUGCAAACUAAAGUUAUUUUUGAAUAUUUCUUGGAACGAGUUGACGUUCAUAGAAAGACGACGCCCAGUCGGGGUGUUGUUCCUCAGAGUUCGGUGUUCAGGAACAGUUUUGUACUUGUGUUUAAACUUGUCUUCAUUCCUUUUGUCCCUUAUUUAAGAUGAGAAUUUAAAAUACUUUCUUGUGUUUUUUUGUAAAAUAUUAAAGAACUUUUAAGAUACUAAAAUAAGCUGUUUUUCAUGAAACAUGCUUUAACUUGUAAAUAAUAGGGUGGUAACUACCGUAAAUGUUUCUGACUGGUGUGUUUAUCGUUUUUGGAGAUGUGUUUAAACUUUGUAAUUAAAAAAAAAUCCCCGUUUGUAUUUAUAUUUUACAAAAAAGUUCCUCUAAAUGGCAAUAAAAUCCUAAGUUUCCAGUG